AUGUACCAUACCCAACCACCACAGUCUUCGUCGUCCUACUCGGGCUUCGGCUCCGACGUCACCUCAGACACUUCCGCUACCCUGUAUCCUGUGUUUGCUACCUCUUAUCAGGGCAUGGAAAACUCGACGCUUGCCUUCCUCGACUCCUCGUUACACCCAGAACUCUUUGACCACUACCCUGCCACCACCCUCAACAACAACAAUACCCUACCACAACAAGACUUGCUUGACAACACCCUCACCUUCAACCCCACCAGCGGGUUGGUCCGUGACAACAUCAACCUCCAGCUCAAGCUUGGCCAGUCAUACCGCCAGAACAGCCCCAUGAACCAAUACUUUGCGUCGCUGCCUGGGCAGAAUCUCUUUGCUCAGCCUAACAAGAGACUGAUGGUAUCUCCUGUGGUGGUAAGUUCUGCCACAGGAGGGCAGACCUUGGACUACAACAUGAGCACCUUUGGCUUGCAGCCACAAGCGGCUGCUGUUGGUGCUGUGGGAGAGUCGGCUCCGGUGACUCCUCCCACCUCGCCUGAGGCCCAGUUGUUCUUGGACACCAUGUACGACAACAUGGGGCAAGCCACCAACAACUCGUUGUUGUACAACAUGGGAGGCGACGGCUUGCACGACGGUUUCUUCAACUACGACUUCCAGGUGGUACCAGCUAGCAACGUCCAUGAAAUCAGUCCCAAGAGCUAUGGCGGGAUCAAAGCCGACCCGAUUUCUAUGAGCACCGAGUUGUCGAUUGUGGAGGAGCAACAGAGACAAUUGCAGAUACAACUCCAGAAACAACGCUGUGCGUUGAUCGACAACCAGGUCCAGAACAGACACAAGAAGAAGCGCUCGUCCACCAAGACAGAGGUGUUUGAUGCUACUCCCUCUUUGGACGUCACUACUGCGAUUGACUUGGCUGCCAAAGCUUUCACCAAAGCAUUUCCCCAGCGCCACUCCAGCGUUAACAUCUUGGCCCACGGCCAGAUGAUGCCCAUGUCUCCCACGUCUUCUACUGGCUCUUCUAUUUCCACCCCGCUGGCCUCGAGUGGAUUCAAAGCCACCAGACCCAUGAAGGACCGUCUCUUGGAAAAGUUCUCCAGGGACGAAGUGUUGUCUAUCAAGUAUGGCAAGGUUGAGAUGGAAUGUGGACAACACUGUUCGGCCGUCUUCCAGGACUUUAUUGAGUUGGCUGAGCACUACGACGAACACAAGAUUAUUCGCUACUGUCCACGGUCGUUCAUUUGUCCCAUUGACGACUGCCCCAUGAACAUUUUGGGAUACAACAAGAAGGCACUCCUCAAGCAACAUGUUGUGUCUCACCACUUUGCCAAGGGCUAUGUAAAGCCGGAAUUGCUGAAAUACUCGCAACAGUUACUCUCGAUUGUUUUUGUCUGUGAGCACAGUGACUGCAAGAAAGGAUUUUAUCGCCGUGACAGUUUGACCCGCCAUUUAAAGUUGGUGCAUGCAAAUGCAAGCAGCAAGUUUAAUCUUAAGAAGAGGGAGAGAAUAGAGGAGGAGGAGGAGGAAGAGGAUUGUGGCAAGAAACGGAGAAGACGUUCAAAGUGA